CCGAUCCGCCUCUUCCAUUUAAGGGCACAUUUACUUUUCUCGGCCGAGAAUAAGUCUUCCUGGUUUCAUGAUAGAGUAGGCUGCCUUCCCCUUUAAAUGUGUUUUGGACCCAUGCAAAAGUUGUGGUCACAGGAUUGAAAUAACUAACGCGAUUUCCAGAGGGAGAUUCAGUUAGGAGGGAAUCCUUUAUAAUUUCGCCGCGUUUCAGCGCAUCAGGUAAGCGAACUCUCUCCAUGUUUGGUCCGCCCUCCUUUGCUUUUCUUAAGGAACUGACAAUGACAAGCAUCGAGUCUUGGUGAACACAGCUGUGCUGGAGCUGCACAAGCAUUACGCACCGACCUUCAAAUUAAGCAGCUUGAUUUAUAGUCAACAGUUGAGCUGCUUUAACUCAUCUGCCGGUGUUAAAGCAGGAUAACCGGCUGUGGAAUGGCUUUGCUGACUCUGCACAGAGCGCCGUCUAUUUGCACAACACCGGACGAGCCUAUCCCCAGACGAGGAAGACUUCAGAAAAGAGAAAGUUUCGCCCUGGUUAAAGGGGCCGUGCUCCUGGUGGAAGAAGAAGAGAGAGAGGGAUUACAAGAAGAAACCGUAUCCCCUCGUCUGGGUCCUCGGCACGGAGGCCAAGCUUCUGACACUCAACGCAGACAUUUGCAUGCAAUGAUUUCAUUACUGCGACCUGAAGACACAGUCAAACUGGCUGUGCGUCUGGAGUCAGCGAGGCCAGUCCGAGUCCGAUAUUUGCUUAUAAUUGGUACACUUGACAAUAAAGAAGAGAGCCUGCUACUUGGCAUGGACUUUCCAAGCUUAAACAGUGAUGAGUGCACCAUUGGCCUUGUCUUGCCAAUAUGGAGUGACACACAAGUUUACCUAGAUGGAGAUGGAGGUUUCAGUGUGACAUCUGCAGAAGUGACACGAAUCUUCAAGCCUGUGUCCAUUCAGACGAUGUGGUCAGUUCUGCAAGCACUGCAUGGCUGUUGUGAACGGGCCGUGCGUGGGGCUGUUAUACCCAGCAGUGGCCUCGAGUGGGCACAGUUUUACAAACAGAAUGUGGAAUCUGACCAGCUCUGCCUUAAUGAAUGGGGGGCUAUGACUGGCCUGGAGUCGGUGAGGAAAGACACUGGUGGAAGAUCAUCGUCGAACAGGGAGUCAGUGGAGAGGGAGAUCAAGGCCCAGCUACGAGAUAUCAUGAGGACUGAGGACUUGGAAAACAUUACUUCAAAGCAGGUGCGAACAUCUCUGGAAUCCAGAAUAGGCAUCGACAUGAAAGACUACAAGGAGUAUAUUGACAACGAGAUGAUGGUCACAAUGGCACAGAUGGACAAACCUUCCAGAAUAUUGGACUACCUUUACUUGGGUUCAGAAUGGAACGCUGCCAACUUUGAAGAACUACAGAAGAACAAUGUGGGCUACAUCCUGAAUGUUACCAUGGAGAUUGACAACUUUUUCCCAGAAUGCUUCACCUAUAUGAAUAUUCGAGUGUAUGAUGUGGAGGCGACUGACCUGCUGUCACACUGGAACAACACAUACAUGUUCAUCAAUGAAGCAAGGAAGAGUGGACAGGCGGUCCUGGUGCAUUGUAAGAUGGGCGUCUCUCGCUCUGCCUCCACAGUAAUUGCUUUCCUGAUGAAACAACAGGGCUGGACUUUAGAUCAGGCACUCAACCACGUGAGAGAAAGACGGCCUAUUGUGCAGCCCAAUGAAGGUUUCCUCAAACAGCUGAACACGUACAGCGGCAUCCUUAACGCCAGCAAGCAGCGCCACAGUGCCCUCUGGAGGAGGAAGUCCAAAGCAGAUGCCCGUCAGCCGUCAGUACACAACGAACAAGCGACAGGGGAUGAAAAUGAAGAGAAAGAGGAAGAGGAGGAGGAAUCGCAGAGUCCAGAUGAGGAAAGCAGCGAGGAGGACACUGAUGUGUUUGAACAGAUGUGUGAGAAUGUUCUGGAUACUGGAGAGGCAGAAUCCGCCACAUCCAACCAGUUUCUUUCUAUACAGGAAAGUGAUAAGGUGUCGUCCAGCCCGAGCAGAAGUGGCAGGAUGGAUUUGUUUUCUCUUAUGCAGUCUAUUCAGCUUGACGAUGAGGAUCGAGGGAUGGAUAAAGAGAUGAGCGUCUGUCAGAGACUUUCUCCAGGACAGAGACGGCGGAGUCAGGGAAGAAGAGGUUUGACUUAUCAGAGAGCACACGUGGAUGCUUCCCCUGAGCCCAGCAGCCGACAGACUCAACACACAAACAAUGAUGAAGCCAGACUCUGAAACGCUUCAACAGCCUCUUAAAAUGAUGGAGAAAAGUGAAAAGGUGAGGAAAAGGAACACAAACAGUCAUGCUAACACAAAUGGACGCUCUUGCACACAAGUCUUAUCCUUCUGAUUGUAUCAUUCCACGGUUUUAAAGAUUACAAACAAGGUUCUUUAUUCAUAUAUUUGCUGUACUGAAGCUCAUUUAGGUCAUUUCACUUAGAGGUAAUGAAUAUGUCAUCCAUUUUUGCAUCCAUCUAGCCUGAAAAUCAUAAUCCGUGGUGAUUUUUCAGGUGGAUUGUAGUGAGUAUUAUUGAUGCUGUUUUCUUCAGAGCAUUAUCAUUCAAAAUUGUGCCUUUUUGAAAUCUCCGUAUUCUUUGCACCUUCAUAUAUUGAGCCAUAAUAUUCAGUUAUUUCACAGGUUUUACUAUAGUGUUAUAGAGUGAAUGGAGUGUUUCGUUAGCUGUAUCCAUCAUGAUGUUAUACAGAAACAUGACCAGAACAGCUAUGGGGGAAACGUUAGGAGACCGCCUGAAAAAUUCUCUAAUGUUUUUUAUGAUAAAUCAUUAGUUCCUUUAGAACAAGUCUUAAACUCAGCCGCAGCUCUGCAGAUUUUAGUUCCAGCCACCUCCAACUCACACCUACUUGAUAGUUUCUAGUAG